UCCACAAUCAGAGCUGAUCAGUUCUGUCCGUCCUGUCUCACAUUAAUUGACAAGAAACAAUUCCAGAAGUUUGUCUCGUUCCGCUGUAUAAUUUGUCCUCAGUCCCCAGCUCUCGUUGCCUCUCAUGUUCGUUCAGAUUAUCCACUGUUCAAUCAUCAUUCAAAUAUUUUUGCGAAAGACAAGAAAUGAUAUAACCUCAUCCGGUGAAGUGGCCAGUGUUUUGUUCUUCAGAAUGUAACAAAAACAAAAGUCCCACGACUUUGAUAAUUCAACAGCUGAUUCUCCUCGAGUGCAAUGCAGACAUCAUCAUGUCGAAACGCUUUGGAAAGGGUCUCGAGCCAGAAGCAUCACCAUCAGCGAAACGAGCGAAGCUGGAGCUGCCAAAGCCUCCAAUUGUUUCAAGAAAAGCCUCGAAGGACGAUGAGGACAUGUGGGGGGAUGAUCUCCUCGAAGAAGAUCUGGAGCAUAUAGAUCUCAUAGCGUCCCAGGCAUGCUCUCAAGAGGUGAAUGUCUCGACUGUAGAUUUGAACCACCAUGAGCCCAGAGCAAUCGUCAAGUACGGGAGUUUUCUACUGCCGGGGCCUUCAACAUCGCCAGGACCCUCCACCUCGGGGCUGGCCAAUGGUAUCAGGAUCAAUGGGAGCAGAAGACCGGACGUGUCAGGCCAGCCAAGAGGCAAGAUCCAGAGAUUAAACUCGGACUUGUGGCCUGCAGCUUCACAGAAACUGGGGUCCUCAGAGGUAGUUGGUGAUAUCGAUGAUCUUCCCACCAUUGAUCAAUUCAAGGGAGCUCUCAUCUCUCGAUCGAACCUCAACUCGACAUUUCAAAGUCAAGUCAAUAGUCAGGUGAGUCGAGGGGAGAAUGUGGACCCUCAGCUUCAGCUGCUGACUGGUGAACUCUAUUAUCUGAAGGAGAAGCUCAGGAAAUCCCAACUGAAAGCUGAAAAGGAGAGGCUUGAUGCGGAGAAACUUCUUCAGGAGGAGAAGAGGAAGAGGGAGGAAGACGUGAAAAGCCUCACCAAGGAGAGAGAAAAUAUCAAGACCAAGUUGGAGCUUCAGACCUUCGAGCUUGGGAGUCUCAUGGAGAAGUGCAGGUUACUGGAGAAUAAUCAGGUGAAGCUAGUGCAGCCUUCGUGUUCUGCGGUGUCUUCCCCGAGGAAUAAGAUUGUGAGAAGUGCCUCGGCAGUCAAAACCACGGUUGAGACCAGUGUCCAGGUGGAUCUCAAUGUCAAGAUCAACUCGGAGCAGGCAAUGGUUAAUUGCUAUCCUUUGGAGGGUAUCCCUGCGAGGACUUUCGAGGCACCUGUCCCUGAGAAGUCCGUGGUGGAUGUCAAAGUCGUGGAGAAGAUCGGCAGGAAAAAUUUGCCGAUUCUUCAGGAGGAGGAGACCUUCAGGAUAUUCGAGAAUCCUGAGCUUGUCAAACCCAUUGUCACUGUUGUCGAUGGGAGACAGUUGAGCACAGCAUUUUUUUGGGGAGACCUCACUGCUAUCAUGAGGAAGACUACCGUCGAGAUCAACUCGAAGGAUUGCAUGCCUAUUAUCAAUAAGAUUGUUGCAACUACAAGAGAGCUCUUACUGAAUGUCACUCUAGUCCUUAAGAAAAUUUCAACGGCAAUGAAGAAUGACGACAUUAGAGACAUGAACGAUCUCUAUUUCUCUGACUGCUAUGAUACACAAAUCAAUUAUUUCCAGUCAUUGCAGGAUGCCAACCCCUGGUGUAAAGAGGAACGAGGGAUCGAGGCAAGACGAGCCUUUGGGACACUCUCCUGCAUCGCGAAAGCCUCUGAUUAUCUCAGCGAAUACAUAACAGGAAAAUCAACACUCAUAACUGCUGGCGACGAACGAUUUCAGAGAUUUUCCAAUCAGAUGGAGAGGUACAACGCAUGGGAGAAGAGGGGACAUGAGUUUGAGGUCCUAGAGAUGAUUCUGGAGUUUGUAACGACCGUGGGUCUCAUCAGAAGGUCCCACCAAUUUGCUGGACUAAUUUGUGCAAUUGUUGUGACACUUCGUAAUGCCCAGGGCAGAGUGGGAUUUAGUAAUCGAGGGCUCAAGUAUGUCGGAGAGAUAUUCAGAGAAAUUGUUUUCUCGAGACCGCUGUUACAGUGUUUUCUUCCACUUACUGAUUUACUCAGUUGUUUCUGUGGUGCACAGAUCUUCAAUCUCAAGAUUUGCCCUUCACCGACUGAAAAAUCAGCGAUAGAACUGUGGAAAGGUGCGCAAUAUUUCACGCCUGACGCAUGUCCUCUAGCAAUCUUCAUGGUUCAACUGAUGAGAUUCAAACUCGACGAAGUGACAACUAUAAAACUUGCCUUCUCCAUGCUCUCAUUCGUCGACAAGGCAUUCCUAUUGAACAACAUUUCCUGGCCCGACGAAUCCAAUGUACAUAAUUGUAGAACAAAUCUAUUAACGUGUACAGUAACAAUUUUGUAUAGCUGUUCAAAGAUUAAUUUGGAAAAAGUUAGGAGUAGAUUGACUGAGAAUGAAUGUCCCGGUAGUGGAAUCUGGAGGAGAUUGGAUGAUAAUUUCUGGACAGGUGUGAGGAGAGAACAGUUUAAUGCAUUGAGGAGUGGAAUUCGUUUUUUGAGUUUUUUGGCGAAACGAGAUCCAGACUUUAUUGUGAGGGCCAGUGACAUGGACGAUCUUUUUCUUCUUUUUAUGCGGCAAGUAACGAUGAUUGAGGGAUUUACAUUACAUGAGAAUGAACGUGAAGCCCUAGCUCUGAUCACUUCUACAAUCGCCCUCGACAAGGCAUGCUCUGGUGAAACCACCACACCUCACCCCAAACUCUUCACAACAAAAAGUGCCUUGAAAAAAAUUCCGCAAACGUCAAGAGAAACCGAAAACUUCUGCAAGAAAUUUCACAGCAGUCGCGUGAAAAACGUGAUCAAAAGAUACAAAACAAAACUACAGUAAUUUCCUCUAGCUCUAAUUUAAUUUAUGCAACAAUGUCCCAGUAAUCACUCAAUCAUAAAAUUCAAUUUCUCAUUUCUGUAAAUAAUUGUAUGUUUUUUCAUAAAAAGUGUGAAUUUUUACAGCUCUGGGACAAUAUAUUUUAUACACUUUUAAA